GUGGAAAAUUCCAAGCGCUGCUCCGUCUCUUUUUGCCAACACCACUCUCUCUUUCUCUGUGUUCUGCGAGAAGAAACGAUUCCUUCGCAGUGAAGGAGACUGAAGACGAAGACGACGAAGAGAGGGAGAACAAAAGAAGGGUAUGGGACGACGUUUGGAGAACACAUCGGCUUUCAUGAACCUGGCGGCCAGCGGGAAUCCAGGGGAGAUCGGAAUGAGGAUCGUCGGGUUCCAUGGCAUGAUGAAAAAGAGCGACUCGCAGCUCAACCUCGAGGCCUUCUUGUGCAUGAGCAGCGAAGGCGAGGGCGAGUGCCCCGACGGCAUCCUCGGGAUCAAGGAAGCGCACAUCUCUGACAAAACCCCCGGCGAUUUCUUGCAGGGGAAAUCCCCUUCCGAUCACGCGUUGGGAGGAGGACUCGUCGAUGAUCCGGGUUCUAAGGACGACUUCUCAAGCUGUGGGCAGCCAACAAAGCUCGGAUGGUGUCCCUCCCCAGCUGUUAGGGGCUCAAGUCCAGCAUCUACAGGUGGGAGUGGGUUCACAUUUGGGUGCAAAAACUCGGGGGAGCAGUCUGACGAAGAUGACGACAUGGAAACCGAAGCUGGGCAAUGUGAGGAAAGCGUCGAUGGUAGCGAGUUGAAACGCAUGAGACGGAUGGUGUCUAAUAGGGAAUCUGCCAGGCGAUCAAGAAGAAGAAAGCAAGCUCAUUUGAAUGAGCUUGAAUCACAGGUGGAUCAACUAAGAGGCGAGAAUUCCUCACUGUUCAAGCAACUGACAGAGAUCAGUCAGCGGUGUAAAGAGGCAGCAGGCAACAACCUUGUUCUAAAGUCGGAUGUCGAAGCCUUAAGAGCAACGGUUAAGAUGGCACAAGAUCUGAUUCCCAGAGGGCCUCUUGCUAAUCUCGUUAAUCAGCAUCCUCUGCAGCAAGCCUCAGUCACCCCACUGCCUCCCUCCUGGAUUAUGUGCCGGCCAGUUGACACCCCACAGGUGCUCGACAGUGGCUGUUACCAGGAUGCAUCUUCACUAACUGAAACCCUAAUCACUGGAGCUGAGAGAAGCGAUUCAAACAUUAAGUUAAAAACAGAAGGUGGCUUACCAAUGCAAAGAACUACGAACAUGGAGCAGUUGCAGGACCGCAUCUGUGGUGCAGCAGACACUUGGCCUUGGGAUACACCUCCAAUAUCCAAACCCUGCUAGUGCUCGAACAAGAUGCAGCAUCAUAGUAGCACAGAUUGGUGAUCAUUGGCAGCAGUGCCCAGUCGCUUUUCUUGGACUUUAGACUAUUCUUAGCUGCUACUUUUAUAGCAAUUAACAAUUCUGUGCAGAAUUGCAACAAGAACAUACUAAAUCCUGUAUGACAAAAGCUACCGACUUUUGACAUACUUGGGAAAUGUUGGUGCCCCUUUUUGCAGCGCAACAUGAAACCAUUUGAUGCUUGUAAACUUUAUAUUUGAGGAAGGUAAUAAGCAGCAUUUAAUAUUGAGAAAGACAAGAUGCAAGAUCUUCUUUUG